AUGGGUCUCGCACAAGAAGCCAGCCGCGUGGCUGCCGAGUUUGAGUACUCGGACGCCCAAGUCAACAAGGCCGUCAAGGAGUUCAUCCGCCAGAUGGACGAGGGUCUGGAAAAGUCUGGCACCACCAUGAGCCAAAUUCCCACCUAUGUGACUGCUGUUCCCAACGGUACCGAGAAGGGUCUCUACAUGGCCGUCGAUCUCGGUGGCACCAACUUCCGCGUCUGCUCCAUCAACCUCAACGGUGACAGCACCUUCUCCCUCACCCAAUCGAAGGUCGCCAUCCCCAAGGAGCUCAUGGUCGCCCAGACCAGCAAGGAGCUUUUCUCUUUCCUCGCAAAGCAAAUCGCCACUUUCCUGCAAACCCACCACGGCGAACACUACCACGCCACCAUCCGCAGACGUGCCACCAUCCACUCCGAGAGCGGUUUCGAAGAGCGCGAGAUCUUUAACUUGGGUUUCACCUUCUCUUUCCCUGUGCAGCAGGUUGGAAUCAACAAGGGUACCUUGAUCCGCUGGACAAAGGGUUUCGAUAUUGCCGAUGCUGUUGGCAAGGAUGUCUGCAAACUCCUCCAAGACGAGAUCGAUGCUCUCCACUUGCCCGUCCGUGUUGCUGCUCUGGUCAACGACACUGUCGGAACUCUCAUGGCUCGCUCAUACACCUCUCCUGGCAAGACUGGUACUCUUCUGGGUGCCAUCUUCGGUACUGGUACCAACGGCGCUUACGUCGAGAAGCUCGACAAGGUCAAGAAGCUGAACGGCUCCGAAAACAGCGACAAUGUUGACCGCACCACUGGUGAGAUGAUCAUCAACACUGAGUGGGGCUCAUUCGACAACGAGCUCCGCGUUCUCCCCAACACCCCUUACGACAACUCGCUCGACAAGGAGACCCCCAACCCCGGUAUCCAGAUGUUCGAAAAGCGCAUCUCCGGUAUGUUCUUGGGUGAGAUUCUGCGUCUCGCUAUCGUCGACCUGGUCAAGGAGCGCAAGACCGGCCUCUUCAGCGAUGACAACAGCAGCAGCAACGACGUCCACAGCACCACCUGUCUCGCCGAGAACAGCCCUCUGUGGCAACCUUGGGGUCUCGACACCAGCUUCUUGUCAAUCGCUCACGGUGACAACAGCAACGGCUUCAAGGUCACUCGUCAAACCUUGGACAAGGACUACGGAGUUCACGCCGCCAGUGCCGAGGACGCUGAGGCCGUCAAGCUGAUUGCUGCUGCCAUUGGUAAGCGCGCCGCUCGUCUUUCCGCCGUCGCCAUUGCUGCCGUCGUCCUCGCAACCGACAAGCUUUCAUCUCCCCAGGACAUUGCCACCGCCGAUGACACUCCCGUCAACGAGGACGAGAUGGUUGACAUUGGUGUUGACGGUUCUCUCGUCGAGUUCUACCCUGGCUUUGAGGAGUACAUCAGAGAGGCCCUCCGUCAGAUCGAGGGUGUUGGCAAGCACGGCGAGAAGCGCAUCCGCAUUGGUAUCGCCAAGGAUGGUAGCGGUGUUGGAGCCGCUUUGAUCGCUCUCGUUGCCGACAAGUUGGCCAAGCAGGCACAACUCAAGGAGUACGGAGAAGAGUAG